AUGGAAAACCAGACCACAGUGACAUAUUUUGUCCUUUUGGGAUUUUCAUACAAUCCACCAGUCCAGAUGCUCCUCUUCUUCACCUUUUCAUUGAUAUAUAUGGCAACGCUGCUGGGAAAUAUGAUGAUUAUGAUUGUGAUAAGAAGCAACAGAAACCUCCACAGCCCCAUGUACUUCUUCCUGAGCCAUCUGUCUUUUCUUGAUAUCUGCUAUUCUUCAGUCACAGUGCCUAAGCUGCUCACAAAUUUCUAUGGAAGCAAGCUAAUUUCAUACAGUGGCUGCAUUGCCCAGAUCUAUUUCAUCUUUUUGACUGGAACUACUGAAGCUUUCAUUCUUGCAGCCAUGGCUUUUGACCGAUACACUGCCAUAUGCAAGCCCAUGCAUUAUGUACAAAUCAUGAACAUUGUAUUUUGUAGAUUGCUGGUGGGAAGUGCAUGGGCAAUAAGUUCCCUAUAUUCAAUGAUAAAUACAUUAUCCCUCUUGAAACUAGUGUUCUGUGGUCCAAACAUUAUUGAGCAUUUUAGCUGUGAACUCCCAUCUUUGCUUGCCUUAUCUUGCAUGGAGACUUUGCUCAACAGGAUUAGGUUUUUUCUUACUGCUACUACAUUAACAGGUUCUUCGUUCUUUAUUAUUCUGGCAUCUUAUAUCCAAAUCAUCUCUACAGUGCUGAAGAUGCAUUCAGCAGCAGCUAAAUGGAAAACCUUCUCCACCUGCAGUUCCCACCUCAUUGUUGUGGUUUUAUUUUAUGGCACUGGCAUCAUAAGGCAUAUGAGGCCCACCUCAACCUCCUUAGGCAUUGUGGAUGAAUUCUUUUCCAUCCAAUACAGCAUUUCAACCCCGUUGUUAAAUCCCAUAAUCUACAGCCUAAAAACCAAGGAGGUGAAGGAAGCCAUCAAGAAACUAAUUGCAUACAAAAGUUGGUAUCACCUAGAGACCAGGCCAGGGGAAGAAAAAAACCUACACAAAACAAGUACCAAAGAUCAUGGAAGAUAA